CAAGGAAAAGAUCGUAGCUAUCACACUGUAUAUAAUUUUUCUCUUUUUAAAAGAAAAGAAAAUAAAAAAAAAACGCCUAACAGCAGAAUCAGAUUUGAGAAACCAGAGAAGAGAAAAGAAGAAAUGGCGAGAGAUGGUUGCCUAACUCGUGUUGCAACUGGUGUUGCUGUCGGUGGCGCUGUCGGUGGCGCUGUUGGAGCUGUUUAUGGAACUUAUGAAGCUAUAAGAUACAAGGUGCCUGGACUAUUGAAGAUUAGGUACAUUGGGCAAACAACACUGGGGAGUGCAGCUAUUUUCGGGUUGUUCUUAGGAGCUGGGAGCUUAAUACACUGCGGCAAAUCCUACUGAAGGCACACCCUUAUUUUGUUGUUAAAUUAUAUGUCGAAAUAAGUUUUACUUUAUUAAAGAGAGAAUGGUAGCAGUGUCAGAAGAAUCAUUUCCUACUGCCAGAUUUCGUAAUAUUAGCAGUAAAAUGUAUGAGAACAUUUUUGUUCCUGUUCAACUGUGCCUUUUUAUUGUUCUUCCUUCAAAGUAAGAAUUAAUUUUCUGGUGUAACUUGGUCAGUCAGUUGUAUUUUCAUGGAUGCACCUCCUCUA